AUGUGGAAUCCAGCCAUCGCUGACAUCACGUUGUUGGCGCUGGGCACGUGUGCGCCUCAGAUCUCCCUCGCAGUCAUUGACGCCGUCAGGCGACUGGGCAAGACCGGCGGACAGGACCUGGGAGCAGGCACCAUCAUAGGCGGCGCAGCGUUCAACAUCUUCCCCAUCCUGGCUGUGUGUGUGCUCGUGCCUGCUGCCGGCACGGUGAAGCGCAUUGCAGACGUGGGGCUCUUUCUGGUCGAGUUCCUCUGGUCGCUCUGGGCCUACGUGUGGCUCUGCAUCGUGCUGCAGCCAGACAGCCGUGCCCAACUCAUCGCCUCUAGGCAUUCACAUGGGAGCGAUGGCAGCAGUGGUGGGACGAAGGGGGUGUCAUUCGGCAUGCGGUGGAGGCAACAGAUCGUGCUUUCCAUGAUGCUACACCCAUCGGACUACAAUGCUCUCACGGAACAAGGCAGUGCGCACCCCUCACACGAGCAACCAGCAGCCCAUAAACCCCAGCCGGUGGCAGCGAGGGUGCGGCGGGUGGUGGUGCACGCGGUGUGCUUCCUGUGGAAGGCGCUGUGUGCGCUGCUCAUCCCCCCGCCUGACGCCCUGCACGGCUACCCCGCCUUCAUCACCAGCAUCCUCGUCAUCACCCUCAUCGCUGCCCUCGUUGUCGAGCUCGCCUCUCUCUUCGGCUGCGUCACAGGGGUGAACUCGUUUGUGGUGGCGAUAACGCUGCUGGCAACGGGCACGUCCAUCCCGGACCUCAUAGCCAGUGUGGUGGCAGCAGACCACCUGCCCACUGCUGACUCCGCCAUCGCCAACAUCAAUGCCAGCAAUUGCAUCAUUGUUUUCUCGGGCAUGGGUAUCCCAUGGCUCAUCACCACUCUCUACAAUGAGUUUGUGUUGGGAUCAGCAAACAAUGUGAGCACGGCAGGCCUCGGGUUUUCCAUCAUUGUUUUCUUCUUAACAACUGCCGUGUGCAUGGCGAUUUUGUUCCUUCGGAGAAUCAUGCUUGGAGGAGAGCUUGGAGGGCCCAGGCCUCUCGCUUGGCUCUCUUGCUUGGCCUUCAUGCUGCUCUGGAUUGUCUACAUGCUGCUCUCUUCACUGAAUGCAUAUGGAAUAGUUGGAGACAUGGUGUAG